GCUGCUGCAUCACCGGUAGACACGCCCUUAGCAUCCGUUUAUUAUUUAACUAGAAUGGGCACGGAGGUCUCCAGAGCAGACCCUCGGGUGAUGCAAUCAGAUGCAAGCCCCACAGCCAGCCCCAUAGCAAGCAGAAACAGAAUCCGAGUGUCUGCUUUUGCCAAAACGCCCUUGGUGACUUUGAAUGAACACAGGCUGGAGCCCUGGUCUGAGCCCAGCUGCAACUGGUGCAGAAUGAAGUGGGCUGAGAGGCCAGCGGCCGGCAGAUGCUCAGGGGAUGGCCACACCCACGCAGCAGAAACAAAUAGACCCUAUUUCGCAGCUGGGGAAAUGAAGAUGAUCUACCAACAUAAGAGAAUGUCUCACGAUCCUAAGUAUACUGUGGGGCAGACCGAGGGACGCUCCCUCCCCAGAGGCCUUGGCAAGCCUGGCCACACAGGUCCUGUUCGCAGAGGCAAACACCCCCUGGGUCCCCUCUGGCACUCCUCCCCAGCCAGCCACAGGAGUGGCCUGCGGGGCUGGAGGCUGUUGGAGUCCUCGCGCCCCACGUGUUCUGAGGCUUUGCGCCCACCACAUCGUCGUCCCGUCCUACAGAACACAGAUGGCCCUGAUGACGAAGGUGCCAGUGGCUUUCUUAGUGAGAACUUGGGGCCAAAAGGUGGUGUUUGGGAAACAGCACACAGGUGAGAAGCACCAACGAGAAGCCUGUUAUAAAUACGCCAGUGUGCUCUAAGUGGAGUGAAUGUGGGUCCCGGGGUGGCCAUCUAGGAAGGAGCAUCUCUGUGCUGCCCUCUCUCUGGGUUUGGACGGAACCCCCCCCCGCCCCGCCCGCAGCAGCCCUCUCCACACAUCAACCGAGGCCAAGAGCACAUCCUGUGGACACCACCACGAGUGAGGACAGUUCCCUUUAAAAUCUCAGCAGCAGGUGUGCAGGGAGGCGCCUGGAGGAGUGAUCACCAGCGGGGAGGCCUGACUGCAUUAUUAACUCUCAGUCCAGAGGCGUGACAAAUGAAAGGUCCGUCCCGUUAAUCCUGCUACUCUCCUCCUGCUCCACAGACCUAGGCAGCUCUGUGGGGUCCGUCCUGUCCCCCCACCUGCCCCUGGAGUGCCAAGCCGUGAUCUGCAGUUCCCACGUCCGGCGGCUGUGGGUUCCGCCCUGGAGGAUGAAGGCAGGUUCCCAGAUGCCAAGGUCUACGUGGGGCCUCCCCGGCCAGGCACUACAGCAGCUUGACGUAGUUCUGUGGAAUCAGCCCCCUCUUGCCAUUCAGGGUCCCUUCCAGCCAGCCAGGUUCCCUCGAGGUUUGCACUGAAAAGAAAGAGGAAUCACUUUCUACCCGAACGCCCCCAAGUUCUUGCUUCCUGCGGAACUCACUGCACGGCCGUGUGUGUUGAAAGCUCAACCAGGAGCCAAGGGGCCCCCAUCUGGGAUGUGAGGUUGCAGAUCUGGGUUCUUUACAGGAUCUGCCCGUCGGCCACUGUGGCCCUGAGCAGCCUCCUGACCGAACCCCCGGCUUCCAGUCUGGUUCCUUCCAAUCUGCUGUGCACAAAGGAGCUCACUGAACUCUCUAGAACAUGGAGCUGAUCACUUUCCCCUGCUUAAAGGCAGCGAGGUACAGGAACAGACCCAGGCUUCCGCCGUCUGGUGCCAGGCACCUGGUCCUGCCCAGGCCUCCUGGCUCCCCUCAUGCUCCCCUCCAGUGCCUCCCCAAACCCUUCACGGGGUGACCCCUCCCCUUCAGGGGCCUCUAAAUGCCCUGUCCUCGGGGGAUGCUCCCUCUUCCAUGAAUUCUCAGCAUUCUCAGGCCUCGGGCGUCAUAUGGGCUCCUGUCUACCACAGGAUGGGUGCUCCUGAGGGCAGGGCCUAGGCCGCACACCCCUGGGCACAAAUACCCGGCCAGAUGCCUGAGAGAGUGACUGCUGGCUGGGCAGCACAUGCACAGGGUCCAAGCUCUUGUCACUGGGGCUUGGGAGUCCAAUACAGAGCGUCUAACGCCCCCCACCUGCCCCGCAGUGGACCCCCCCGGCUGGCGCACUCCAGGCCGGGCAGCGCCGGGACACACUGGCCUCGCUCCCCGCCUGCGACUCCCCGAUGGGGGCGGCGACAGCAUCCCCAGCUCCCUGCCCGGAGCCGAGGGUUUGUUUAAAGAACCAACAACCAAUGAACUGGGUACGGGUACGGGCUUUCCGGGGCCCGGCAGCCAGCCACCUCCUUGGCUCCCGCACAGAUUCCAGCCUGAAGCUGUUCCUCAGGGCACAGAUUUUAAAGGUUCUCACUCGGGAUGCCCAGGGGGCUCAGCGGCUGAGCGGCUGCCCUCAGCUCAGGGCAGGAUCCCGGGGUCCCGGGAUCAAGUCCCGCGUCGAGCCCCCCGCAGGGAGCCUGCUUCUCCCUCUGCCUGUGUCUCUCAGGA